AUGCGAACACGUUCUCAGGCCCGUAAAGAAGCAUUGGCAAAAGCAGAAACGAUAGUGAGCACUACAAUGGGUGAUCGACCACCAGUUGCGAAUGAUACUAAGGCUCUUAAGGCUUUCUCUGAGCCUAAAAUCAAUGAUAUUCCGUUGAGCAUUGUCAGGCCAGCGAUCGAGGCCAACACUUUUGAGAUCAAACCGAGCACUAUUCAGAUGAUGACAAACUUGGAUCGAAGUUGGAUUAGUAAUCAAGUGCAAAGUGAUAAAAUUUCGUUAACUCCGGAAUAUAGGAAUGGUGUAGAAACAUUUUUAAAAUUUGCAAGUGAAAAUGGAAUGGGAGAAGAUGGUACAAUGAAGUGUCCUUGUAAACGUUGUAGGAAUUUGAAUUGGUUAAGUAACGAUGAUGUUAGAUUCCAUUUACUUGCUAAGGGGAUGCUUGAGGGUUAUACCGUUUGGACAUCACAUGGUGAAGAAAGAGGAAGAGAACGUAGUCGAACAUCGCAUAAUCAUUAUUGUGUUCGGGAACCUACGAGGGUAGAACAACCGGUAGAUUUGAAUGCGAUGCUACAUGAUUUUGCCGGUGAAAAUUCUGAAUUUUAUAACAACUUGGAUACGGGAACUAGGAAUGUAGAAGAAGUUCCAAAUGAUAGUGCAAGAAAAUUGUAUGAGGUGAUUGUUGAAAAUGGAGCACCUAUUUAUCCCGGUAAUACGAAGUAUACAAGAUUAAGCUUUACCACAAAAUUGUUAGAAUUCAAGAAUAUCUCACAUUGUAGUAAUAAGGCUUUUGAUAGUUUGCUUACACUUUUUGCGGAUGUAUUACCAAAAAAACACACGUUGCCCCAAACUUAUUAUGAAAUGAAGAAGAUAAUGAAGGGUCUGAGGGUUGAAUAUCAAAAGAUUGAUUUAUGUGAGAAUGAUUGUAUGUUAUUUUAUGGAGAUGACAAGGAUAAAGUUGUGUGUGAUAUAUGUGGUAAAGAUCGUUAUCGGGAUGUUUUGAGGAAAGAUGGUAAAAAAAUACCAAAAAAAAUAUUGAGACAUUUUCCUUUGAUUCCUCGACUACAACGCUUGUAUAUGUCAAAACAUACAUCCGACCAUAUGAGAUGGUACAAGAAUCGAGAUGUCAAAGAUGGAGAAAUUAGUCAUCCCGCGGACGGAGAAGAGUGGAAAAAUUUUGAUCGUCGAUAUCCAUCAUUUGCUCAAGAAAUUCGUAAUAUAAGGCUUGGCCUUGCAACCGACGGUUUCAACCCAUUUGGCCCUACCGGGAAAAAAACAUAUAGUGUGUGGCCCAUAGUAGUAGUUGUCUACAAUCUUCCGCCAUCAAUGUGUAUGAAAAAACCCUAUAUGUUUAUGACCGAUAUAGUGCCGGGUCCGAAUAGCAUUGGCAAAGAUAUUAACGUUUGUCUAAGGCCUCUCAUUGAUGAAUUGAAGAUAUUGUGGAAUACAGGAAUUGAAACAUAUGAUCAAUCUUCGAAAUAA